AUGGAUUCCGCUUCGUCAGUCGUGAUGGCAGCCCUAUCCACAAUCCGGGAUGUUCAGAAUCUUAGUCACCAGUUUGGUACCAAGAUUCUGAUUGCACGAGGCGGCUACUCCGAGGUCUAUCGUGCCGAAUGGUUCCAAUCUGGCGCCCAAGCUCCAGCAAAUGUCUGCUACAAAGUUCUCAAACCACCCAUCAGCAACAUGCCGUCUGUCGUAGAGGAAAUAAGAAAAUCCAUGAAACAUCUGAAGAGAGAGAUGAGGGCAUGGAAGGACUUAGACCAUGAAAAUAUCGUGAAAUUCAUCGGGUUUGCGAUUGAAGUUCGCGGUGCAGUACCGGAAGCGGCGUUGGUGUCCGAAUGGUGCUCAAACAAGAAUCUUGUUGAAUAUCUGGAUGAAAAACCGACCUGCCGUCGGCUUCCCCUGCUUCUCGAUGUCGCUCGUGGUCUGGCCUACCUCCACGAACGUAAACCUGUUGUAGUCCACGGCGAUCUGAAGCCUCUUAACGUAUUAAUCAGCGAGGCUGGGCGUGCCAAGUUGUGUGACUUCGGGCUAUCUUUGAUUGCGGACGGAUUGACGACAGGGUAUACAUCGUCGGGGCCUGCAUUCACGUUGCGCUAUUGUGCCCCGGAACUUGUAGAGAGUGGUGACAAGACGACGUCUGGUGAUAUUUACUCCUUUGCCUGCAUUUGCACCACGAUACUCUUUAAUCAAGGCCCGUUCCCUUCGCUUAAGUAUGAUGCUCAACUGUUGGAUGCGUUAAAAUCCGGUCGACCGCCUUGGGACUGGAAGCAAUCUUCAGUGGAGAAAAUACUAUCCAAUUGCUGUGCCGUUUCUCCUGAUGCACGACCGACGAUGGGGGAGGCUUUUGGAUCGCUUGUGGAUACGUGUGCCGAGUUAGACUCAUCUUCGAGCUUCGAGAUAUCAGACCUUAAACCAAAGCUGCUGCCGCCAGUGGGGUUCGCCGAUGGCUCGGCGGAUUCGUCUUUUGUACUGAGUGGAGAUCGUACGGAUCCGAAACCCGCAACGUUGUUCAAGAACGCGGCCAUUGAGGUUGUUGGACAAGUAGCUCCUGUUUCUACUUCUCCAGACCUUCAAAAUGGGAUUUCUGGCGAGAAACAGAAUCUACAUAAUGCUCUUUCUAAUCUCGGACGGCACUCAGAGGCUCUCCCAUCCAUUGAAGAAAGUGUCAAACUCUACCGCCAGUUAGUUGCUGUUGACCCAAGAUCAUACACCCUGAAUUUGGCCGGGUCACUCAACAAUCUAUAUGUGGCUCUUUUGGAUCUUGGACGGCACUCGGAGGCGCUCCCAUUCAUUGAAGAAAGCGUCCAACUCUACCGCCAUUUAGUUGCCAUUGACCCAGGAUUAUACAUACCGGAUUUGGCCAUGUCACUCACCAAUUUACAUAAUACUCUUUCCAUUCUCGACGGCCGCCCCCAUUCAUCAACAUUGGUCAAUUCAGUCGAGAAUCUACGUAAUGUUAUUUCCAAUCUCGGACGUUAUUCCGAGGCACAAGUGGUUCCCAUUUGAGCGUGUUCCCCUCAUCAUUGCGCUUCCCACUUUGCCACUACACAUGCCAGGCAAGAUUGAACUGGAUCUUCAGCUCGAGAACGCCGACAAACCUAAACUCAAUUUUUGAUUGCAAGCUAUUAAUGCCAUAUUCUCAAAGUUCACUGGCCACACCAAACCCAUGACAAAUCACAGUCACAUCCUACAAUUUCAAUUGCAAAUUCUUUCUCUAACACAUUUUUACUCCCAUCGCCCAUCACU